AUGUCCGUUGCGCAGGUCGAAGACGGGGUGCAGAAGGUCAAGGACACCUCGGAGAUCGAGAGCGAUGUCUCGACGUGCGUUGUUCGCGACUUCUCUACGGACUCGGAGAAGUCUGGUGGCCGACGCCUUUCCUUGUUCAGCCAUGGAGCCGUCCUGCCCACAGCCGUCUGCCUUAGCAAGGCUGCUAUUGGCCCAGGAAUUUUGCCCAUGGCAGGCCACGCAGCGGAAGUGGGCAUCGUUUUUCAAGCUGUUGCGCUGAUCGGAGCAGCCGUUCUUUCACUGGCCAGCAUUCGCUUUAUCGCCACGGCUUGCAUCGCGACAGGCUGCUACAUCUACGAGGACUUGUGCAAUGAAUUGCUCCACCCUGUGAUGGCCCUCUUCACCGGGUUCAUGAACUCUGUGAAUUGCGUUGGUUCUGCAGUUGGCUACCUCAUCAUUUGCGGCCAACUCGUUGGAGUGGUCACUGGUGCAUCAGAGCCUCAUUGCAAGCUGUUUAUUGUGCUCACGGGCGUCUUGGUUUGUGCUCCGCUGGCCAUGGCCAGGCAUGUCAGCUGCAUGCGGCACCUGGCUGCAGGGAGCAUCGCUGCUCUUCUUAUCUUGGUCGCUUGUGUCAUGUGGCACUAUGCCGAGCACGGAGCAGAUGAAACCAUUGCCACCCACGACGAUGUGUUUUUCUCUUCCACGGCGGCCACGGCCUUCACCUACAUGUCAAGCAUCAACAAUGUCGUCUUCGCGUACAACAAUCAGUUCAUUGUGCCACAACUUACUCGGGAGCAGAAGCCGGAGCCAACGACGAUGCGUAUGCACACGGCAGCCGUCAUCUGCCUCAUCAUGUGCUUUGUGGUCUACUUCUUCACGUCUGUGUUCGGAGUGCUGGCCUUCGGCAUUGGAGAUCAGCAGAAAGACUCCCUGGUGUACUCCGGUGCAGCUCUUUCCGCUAGUGGCUGGAAAUUGUGGGCUCAUCCGCCUUAUUUGCCGUGUGCACACUCUUUUUAA